AAAAGAAAGAGACAAGCUUCCAGAGCCAUUGAACACUGGGUAUCGUUUUAUCCCUUAAGACAUUAUCCAGAAAACAUAAAGCUUUUGAACGGCCACAAGCUUUAAUUCUAUACCACAUUAUCACUUCAGGUUCAAUAUGGCGUCGUCUUUACUUGGUUCAGUUCCUAUUUCUGUUCAAUCCAUGGCGGCUCUCUCUCCUAAUUUAUCUUUCUCUCGUUCUGUGUCCAUCUCCGGCGUCGCAGUUUCAGCAACAUCUUCAGCAUCAGUAUCUUCCAAUGUCACAUUUGCAAAACUUCCAUUGAUUUACUGUGGCAGAGGCGACAAGAAAACUGCAAAAGGCAAGCGCUUCAAUCACUCCUUUGGCAAUGCAAGGCCAAGGAAUAAGAAGAAGGGAAGAGGACCACCUAGGGUUGCAGCACCUCCAGCUGCUCCAAAAAGAGAUCCAUUUGAUGAUGGACAAGUCGUUAAAAUUGAGAUUGUUGAGUCCUAAUUUACCGAGUUAGCAAGUUUGUCUGCAAUUUCUACUUUUAUGUUGCUCUAAUCUCCUACAAUUUGUUAAUUUCUGUGAGUUUACCGAAAUUAAGGUCGAUUAGUUAGUUGUUGAACUGAUAUUUCUAGUUUGCUUGAAUGUUCUACGUAAAACGUUCCCUUCUUUUAAAUUAUGUAGGGAAAAUUUCAUAUUA